GUGUAUUAAUAUCCUUUUUCUACCCCAUCUUAUCAUCUACCAUUACAUUCACAUUUUUCUUCCACUUGUUUUUUUUUUCCUUCAUCUAAAUAACUUUCCAGCUACCAGAAAAAAUAUUCAUAUUCUUCAUUUUAAUUUCUGAAUAAACAGCGUAGAAAUUAAAUUGCAAAUUUUGGAUAGUUUUUGUGGAUUUUUUCGCGGGCAAAUAUGUCAGACGGCAGCCGGAGGACCGUGAACGGCAAGGCGCCGGAGAGAUCAAAUUUCGUGCAUACUUGUAACUUGUUGAGUCAGUUUAUUAAAGGGAAAGCUACUCUUAGAGAUCUCAAUCUCGGAAUCGCUAGCCAAUUAGAAGUUGCAGGAAAAACUGAAACUGCAACUAUGGAUUUACUGACCGUCAUGGAAAAACCAUCUAUUGAUCUAACAAAAGAACAAGAACAAAAAUCCAUAGAUCCUGUUACAACUGAUUCUUCUAGAGAUAUGGAGGUCGUCGUAAACGAGACCAGCACGAGCAAAGAGGCACCAAAGGUAGCUCAAUUGACUAUGUUCUAUGAUGGUAAAGUGAUAGUUUUUGAUGAUUUCCCAGCUGACAAAGCUAGAGCAGUGAUGCUAUUGGCUAGUAAAGGAUGUCCUCAGAGUUCAUUUGGCAGUUUUCAGACUACAAAUAUCGAUAAAAUUAACACAUCUGCUGCUGCCCCUGCUUCUUUGACAAGUAAUAAAACUGAUUCUGUUGCUCCACAACAACAGCAACUCCAGAUUAAGCGAGGCUCUAGUCCUGCCGCACCGCAACAGCAACAACAGCAGCAGCAGAGUGAUGCUAAAACUGAUCAGGUUAAGCCGGGAUCAAUUUCUUCUACUGCACCUCAAAAACAGCCGGAGCAGCAUCAGCAAAUCAAGUCACAGGCUGCCGGAACUAGCACCAGCUCCGAUCUACCUAUUGCAAGGAGAUCUUCACUUCAUAGGUUUCUCGAGAAGAGGAAAGAUAGGGCAAUUGUUAGAGCGCCAUACCAAGUUGUACAUAACAAUCCAGGACCAUCGUCUUCAAAUACAAAUGGCGAAUCAUCCUCCAAAGGUUGCGAAGAUCAGCUUGAUCUCAACUUCAAGUUAUAACUUAAAUGUAAUUCCAUAAGCUUUUUUUGCUUGAUGAUUGGAUUAGAUAGUGUUAAAUAUUUAUUUAGAUCAGUGAUUUGAAGAUUUUUUUCCAGCACAAGUUAGUUUACGUAUCAUCUUUCCUGUAUUAAUUGUUGUUUUGACUUUUCUAUUGUUAAAUUUAAAAUAGAAUGGUUAAUUGCUUUGUUUA